AUGAGUGAUGAAUCUGUGCAUGAGAGACUUUAUAGCGGAAAAAGUUCUUCAAGAAAUCUUACUAUCAAAGACACUAAAAUUUCUGGGCUUUCGAAUCUAAUAACUUCUUGGAGUAAGACAAGCAAGAGGAGUAAAGGAAAAUUUACCAACAAGAUAAAAGCCUAUAAAUCCUUCCAGGAGUUACCUUUGGUGGGUAGGAAUGCUAAACUGUUGAAGGAAUUUUCAGGAAAUCAAAAGUUCUCUAAAGAAAGAAGAAAAUCUUCAAAAUCUAAAGAAAGGAGAAAAUCUUCAAAAUCUAAAGAAAGUCCCUUAGCAGUAUCUAUUUCGAACAAACUAUACUCUGACGCUAUUCAGAGAAAGAAGGUAAAGGGUAAAAAGCCCAAGAUAGCCGCUCCAAAGAAGAGAGUCAGUACCAAAUCUAAUAAGCUGCUUUUUCAAAGAUUCUUGGAGGACUUUGAGUUAGUGUCAAGAGUCAGGAAAAUCAGAAAAUCGAAUGUCUCAAUUCUGGACAAAAGAUCUAAAACAAACAUCAAAAUCGAUAAGGUUCUUGGCUACCAAGAAGUAGAAAUGUUCUGAAAGGAUCUCGGGUUCCUUUCCGAAGGAUUUCAGAACAACGAAGAGAAGAUACUAUUCGUAGAUCUAUGGGCUUGCCUUCAUGGAGAUAUUCAUGGGGGUGUAUCUCAAACUAAUUUGAAGAUCCUUCUAGCAGCCAUACAAGGUUUUAAGAUUGACAUCUCAGCUGAUAGAAAAAUGAAAAAUUAUAUGACCUCAGAGACCCAUUCUCAUGAGGAAGAGAAGUAUAGCAGCAAGAGCUCGUGUCACAGUAAUCAUCUUACUGAUAAACAAAAGCAUGGAAAUCAUAAUUAUUCAGAUUCAAGAGACACUACAAAGUUUAUAUGCUUCGAAGUUGGGGAGUUUAUUAACGAAAUCUUGCACCUUGACGACAAGGACAUCAAGAGAUGUCAAAAAUAUUUCAUUCUGCUGUCAAGAAAUCGUUCGAAGUUUUUAAAAGAAAGGAAAAGAGAAAGAUAUGAUAGUCGGAAGAAGAACGAUUCCCCAUCUUAUAAACCAAAGAUUAAUACACAUUCUGAAACUCUAGUUAAAGGAAUUUUAGACAACCUGAGCGAGAACAAGAUCCCACAUUAUGAACUUCUUCUUUACAAAGGUAAAGAAUAUCAGAAAAACAAGGCAAAGCUUAUAAAGCAGAAGGAGUUGCUUGAGAUGAAAUAACAGCAAGAAGUUAUCUAAGAGGUGUCGGAAAUACAAGCCUCUCCAGUAUCAAAAGGAAACUAUCAUCGAUUAUUUAGACGAAGCUUAUGAAGAUGGCUCUGAAGUCCUUCUAAAACUAAGCUAUGACAUGUUAGAAAAUGAGAAUAAUGUUGAAAUCUCUAAUACAGAGCUGUCAGAAAUCCAUGACGAUGUAGUUUUAGAAGAAGAUAACCAAAGGUCAGAAGACACUUUCUCCCAGAGAUUACAGAAUUUAGAGGAUGAAGAUAUACUUCCCUCAGAGAAAGAGAAGGAGAUUGAGCCAAAUCGAUACCCAAUCUUGUACGUUGAUAUCAACCUUGGAGAUAACCAUAUUGAAAGAAUAACCAUUUUUGAAGAGGAUGAUAUUGAACAAGUAGCAAAGGAAUUUGCAGAAACUCAUAACCUUAAUGACAAGAUGUAUGACAAAUUACAGAGGAUGUUGCAAAAUCAGAUGGCUGGGAUUCUUAGUAGGAUUAAUGAAGAAGUUGAGGAGCUUGAAGGUAACUCUAUUGAAAAAUAAAAUUCUAUUUUUGAA